AUGGGACUAUACUCAAUCGCUCUGUUGAUAAUUCAAGUGCUUCUCGUAUACUGCAAUGUACAACAGGUCGAUGUGGCUAUCAUCGGGGCUGGAUUGGCUGGUCUGACUGUAGCCAAAAGUCUCCUCACAUCUAACAAAACUUUUGCCAUACUGGAGGCACGCAGCCGAGUUGGGGGGCGUGUUUUGAACGCUAAUUUCCCAGGAAAGGGCGUUGAAGAGCUUGGUGGCGAGUAUGUAGGACCAACUCAAGACCACGUACUAGCUCUGAUAGCAGAGCUUGGGCUGGAAACCUACAAGACUUUCACAGCCGGACGAUCGUCCUUUUUUCGCAAUGGGACUCUGCGGCACUACACAGAUACUCUGGGCGGUAUACCCCCUGUAGGUAUAGGCUCACUUUUGGAAAUUGCAGGAUUCACGAACAGGAUAAACACGCUGGCCAGCACGAUUGACUUGGAGGAGCCAUGGAAAAGUCCAAAUGCCACCGCUCUGGACUCCAUAACCCUCGAGACAUAUGUCAACUCCCAUGUCUUUACGGCUGAAACUCGUAUGCUGCUCAAUGUGGCUGUUCCAGCGAUUGCUUCCGCCGAGUUGAGAGAGAUCUCUCUUCUAUAUGCACUGUGGGGAAUUGCAGGGGCCGGAAAUGCCACAACUCCUGGAUCUUUUGGGCGCGUCAUUGCAGUUGAUGGAGGCGCUCAAGAUAGUCGAGUGAUUGGAGGCACACAUUUGAUUGCAAUCAAAUUGGCCGAACGACUCGGAAAAGAUAAAAUCUUCUUCAACGCACCUGUUCGCAAGGUGAAGCUUGAUCAUGGGCAAUAUGUCGUCACCUCCCCCACACUAAAUAUAACUGCAAAACAUGUAGUUGUCACCAUGUCGCCCCCUUUGGUGAAUCGAAUCGUCUUCGAUCCUCCAUUGCCCGCUGGAAGGGACCAACUGAAUCAACGAAUGCCGGUCGGCGCCCUUGGAAAGGCAAUCGUCAUCUUUCCAAGGCCUUGGUGGCGUGGCGAGAGCCUCAAUGGAGCUGGUAUAAGCGACACCGGCGCGAUUCGGGUGACCUAUGACAACUCACCGCCGAAUGCGUCUUUUGGUGCGCUGAUGGGGUUCAUUGAAGCUGAUGAGAUGCGCAGGCUGGACGGUGCUAGCGACGACGAGAUCAAGCUCGAGGCUAAACAAUCUUUUAUUAACCUUUUCGGUCCUCGUGUAGAGACAGCGACCGAUAUUCUGGUGCACCGAUGGGACACGGAUCAAUUUUCCAGAGGAGGCCCAGCUUCUUUUAUGCCUCCUGGUGUUUUGACGCAAUAUGGACCAUUUCUCCGGGCUCCAGUUGGGAGGAUCCAUUUUGCUGGUACAGAAACUGCUUUUCGUUGGGUCGGAUACAUGGAUGGAGCUAUCAGCUCAGGUGAGCGGGUUGCUGCAGAGAUUCUGAAUAACUUCUGA